AUGGCUGCCAAGAGGAUAGCAGUGAUCGGCGCCGGCAACUCAGGUAUGGGUGCCUUCAAUGCCUGUCGGGAACAGGGCUUCGAUGUCGUGGUGUAUGAGAAGACGGACCAGAUAUGCGGUCUCUGGCAGUAUAGGGAUGAGGAACUGGAGGGUAGCGCCUCCAUCAUGAAGUCCACUACUAUCAACACCAGCAAAGAGAUAACACCCUUUUCCGACUUCCCGGCGCCCAAACACUUCCCUAAUUAUAUGCAUAAUACAAAAAUGGCAGAAUAUCUGACAUUAUAUGCGGAGAAAAUCGGUUUCAAAGCACACCUCAGACUAAGACAUGAAUUAAUAAAUUGCGAGCAAAAUGCUGAUUACGAGGAGACGGGCAAAUGGAGGCUAACGGUGCGCGACAUUAAUAAUGAGCGUGUAUUUCAUGAAGUAUUUGAUGGGGUAAUGGUGUGCACCGGACAUAACAACCAACCAUCGGUGCCUGCAUUCAAGAAUCAGCACAUAUUUAAGGGACUUCUCAUGCAUUCACACGCUUUCAAAGAUAAUAAGGGCUUUGAGGGAAAACGGGUGGUUGUGGUCGGCAUCGGGAACUCCGGCGGAGAUAUUGCCGUCGAGUUGUCUAAUGUGUGUCCAAACGUAUACCUAUCGACUCGCACCGGGAGUUGGAUCACUCACCGGGUGGGCCAUAAGGGCAAACCGUUUGACUCGGUUAUGUUAACAAGGUACUGGAAUACCAUGUUUAAUGUGACCCCCUUUGGACUCGUGAAUUCUGUGGCGGAGGGGUAUAUGAAUAUCCGAUUUGAUCACAAGCUGUAUGGACUCAAACCGAAACACCGGAUCUUUUCGCAGCACAUCUUCGUGAACGACGAUUUGCCCAAAAAGAUUAUGUCUUGCUUUGUGGUCAUCAAAGGGGACAUCCAGGAGUUCACUCAGAAUGGAGUCAUAUUUACAGGAGAAGCGAAUGAAACCCUAUGCGAUGCCGUCGUAUUUGCCACCGGAUAUCAGAUAUCGUAUCCAUUUCUGUCGGAAUCCGUGAUAUCCGUCAAGAAAUCGGAUUUCAAUUUAUAUAAAAACAUAUUUAGUCCCGACUUGAAGCACCCACAUACCCUGGCAUUCAUUGGUCUUAUAUUACCUAUCGGUGCUGUGCUGCCCAUGGCUGAGCUACAGUCCCGCUAUUUCGCGCUAUUAAUGGCUAAUAAGUGCAAAAUGCCGACACAAAAGCAGAUGAUCAGGGAUAUUAAGCAGCGAAAGAAAUGGGUUAAACAGCACUUCCCCGACUGGCAAAAGUAUACGUUGGAAGUGUAUUACAUUAAAUACAUGGAUGAGUUGGCCAGCCUUAUGGGCGUCAAACCAAAUCUAUUCAAAUAUUUCUUUACUGACCCGAAGCUAUGGUAUAACAUGUAUUUCGGUCCCUGUGUUCCCUAUCAGUACAGGUUGACGGGUCCUAAUUCGUGGUCUAAAGCCAGAGAGACUAUACUUACCGUAAAUGAGAGAAUUAAAGCGCCGUUUAAUACAAGAAAUGAAUAA